AUCAGUGUCUAGUUUGGCAACACGGAUACGCAUGGAGCCUCCAUCAACCCCUGUCUCUUUUACGCACCGAGUCCGAUAAUGCGCGCAGGUACGGGGGCCCAUAUCGCCACAUUUCGAGCCGCCACACUGAGCAAUCCAUCUCCUCUCAUGGACUAAUAUGAACGAAGUGGAUGCAGAGGUCUGACACAGGCAAGACAGGAGGCAUAUUUCUUGUGCAUCGUUCUUGUUUCCCCCACCACCGAGCGCCAGCAUGGAUGUCUUAGCGAACCACAGCAUCUUUCAGGAACUUCAGCUCGUCCACGACACCGGCUACUUCUCCGCCAUGCCUUCGCUGGAGGAAAACUGGCAGCAGACCUGCCUCGAAUUGGAGCGCUACCUGCAGACGGAGCCCAAGCGUCUGUCAGAGCUCUUCGACCAGGACCUGGAUGGCCUCCUGACGCCGGCCUACCUGAAGGAGGACGGCGAGGAGGAGCUGACGGACGCCCUGCUCCCCAGCCCGCCCAUCCUCCCGGAGCCCUUGAGCCCGCCUCCGGUCAUCCUCUGCCCAACGCGGAAGAAUUUCCCCUCCACCGGUGCAAUGAAAAGAGACCUCAAACUUAAGGCCCAGGGGCUGGAGACCGUAGAAGGGAUGGAAGGGGUCCACCAGGCCCAGCUGAGCGCCGUCACCUCCCUGACGCCGCCGUCGUCGCCAGAGCUGGGCCGCCACCUCGUCAAAUCCAACCAGACACUGACGGCGUCGGCGGACGGGACGCUUACCCUGAAGCUGGUGGCCAGGAAGGUGGGGCUCGGCGCGGCGCGGCUGGUGGCGGCGCACGCGCUCCCCGCGCGGAUGAAGGACGAAGAGGAGGGGGCGCCGUGCGUUAUCGGCGUUGGGGAGCUACCGGAGAACAAGAAGAGGAUCCACCGUUGUCAGUUCAACGGCUGCAGGAAGGUGUACACCAAGAGCUCCCAUCUGAAGGCCCAUCAGAGGACGCAUACAGGUGAGAAGCCGUACAAGUGCUCGUGGGAGGGCUGCGAGUGGCGAUUCGCCCGGAGCGACGAGCUGACGAGGCACUACCGCAAACACACCGGCGCCAAGCCUUUCAAGUGCAACCACUGUGACAGGUGUUUCUCGCGGUCGGAUCACUUGGCGCUACACAUGAAGAGGCACAUCUGAGAGAGGUCAGCGGGGGAGAAGGGGAUGGAGGCGGAGUGGAGGAACGAGAGGGAGAGAAACAACCGUCUGCAGAGAAACAACGCCAUGGAUGUGAGAGAGAGAGAGAAAGAGAGAGAGAGAGAGAGAGACGGCGGGAUGGACUCAAAGGAACACCAGGUUUGGUCAUUCUGGCCCGGAGGAGGAGGAGGGCGGGGGGGGGAGGCGCCACACAGGGACGCUGACUACAGACGGAGACGCUGUCAAUCUGUGCUCGACCAGUUGGUCCGUGACUCCACAGCGACUCGGGGUCACCCGCGUGCCCCGUAGUUGGCGGCUCCCUGUCGUGGUCGCCCCCCCCCCCCCCGGAUCGAAAAAAAACCCGCUUCCAAAUACGCCGGCCGUGUUCAAAGACCGGUCGUACAGUCCUUUCCCAACGGGAAGCUAAGCGGCGUCAUCUCACAGGGUUAAAGCAGACUUUCUCUCCCUCGAACCUGCCACGGCCUUUUUUCUUUUUUUACAAAUCGUCAAAGGGGUUUUAUCAUUUUAUCCACGGGACGGAUAAUAAUUUGUCAACUUUUCCUCCGACAUUUGUCGCGUCUGCCAACCGGAUCCAUUUGUAAAUCCUCCUGGUCCGAUGGCAUCGGGGGCACUCGUUAGAUUGGAAUUUCUCAAAGACUCGAGGACGGGGGGGGGGGAGUGUGUUGCACUGAUGUGCUGUGAAGACAGAUUGGGGUCAUCCUGAGGACUAGCUUGCUUUAUGAACAUCAUCCAUUGAGGGUUUCCACAGGAAGAGGCUAACUAAUCUACUCUGGGAAUGGCCGUUCAUCCCCGAGAAUGUCAUCUGACACCGAGCGUCUCAAGAGAUGCCGGAUGGCUCCUCCUCUCCGGCAUCUCGCCUCCUACGAGUUGUUGCUAGGAAAUGUUGCGCAAUUGACUCUUUGCAAAGUUUUUUUGUAAAAAAAAAAAAUAAAAAAAAAUAAAUAAAAGCGCCCCCCACCUGUCUCGGGACCGGGAGACCAUUCGGGUGGCGUCCACGUGCCGCCGGAGGUCGCGGACAGCCACAUGCACAAGUCGAAAAAAGCAGCUCGGGCGGACGGCGACGGCACACCGAACGAAGGUCACGAUGUACGAUAAAGGCGAUAUUGUUUCUAAGAAAAGAUUCUCCUUUUUUUUGUUGUGACAGUUUGAAAAAAAAAGACCAUUUCGAAGAACACAUUGGAAAUGUGGAUGCAGCCCCAAAAAAAACAAGUGUCUCCAGUUGAUGCCUGAAAUGAUCUCUUUGGCCUUUGAGAGUGAUUGGCACCCAACUAGCCACCGGGGCUGAGAAGGUUGUUUUUUUUUAUUUGUCCUGCUCGCACCACCCACUCAGAACUCUUCCACCUUAGCAGCUCUCAGACUUCAUUUCAGAAGAAGAAGGAAAAAGCAGCGUCCGGCUCUCCUAAUCGGACCCUAUGCAUGUCCAAGAGCAUCCUGCUGACUUCCUGACCACACGUGUGUGUGUGUGUGUCUGAAUGCAGAUUGAUGGACACGGAAGGACACUAAUUCAAUCAAUUGUGUCAAAUCAAUGUGAAUGUAUCUGUUUUGUUAGUCUGUACAUGAAAAGACCAUUCGUGUCCAUGCGGUAGAUUCCUCUCUUUAUUUAUUUUUUAUUCACAGCAGAUAUGAAUGGCUCGACUUGGAAAUAACUCGCUAGUCACUGGUCGCGGCGGAGGUCAUCGAGUGCAGUUUUUUCUUUUGGCUGAAACGGGUACUCCGGAGGAACGGCGUGCUCCGUCAGCAAAUGAUAACUGCCCCCGUCAGCUCGUGAAACUGCAGCGCAGUGAAACGCCCCCACGCGGGGACGCAUCACACGCGCUCCCUAGAAAACAGGAAUUAACAUUUGUCCUUGGGCGGGUCCGAGCGUCUCGUUUUUUUGUUCUUUGGGGGACGAUCGUCGACUCGAGAGCACGUAAAAAACAAAAAAAAAGGAAAAAAAAGGAGAUCGUCGGGAGAGUCUCGCGGACGUGUUUAUUCUUUUAUUUCUCGUGAUGCUCGCAGCGAAGGCACACAGCAGUCUGCCCCUUUUUUCUUUCUUUCUUUUUAGGCGAGCGAGGCAGCAAAUUGAUUUCACUCUGUAUACCAGAGGCGCAUUUCAAUUUUGGGUGUGAAUGCAUUCCAGCUCAAUCAUAUCCAGACAUGAUCUGUCUGUGGCUCUGGAAGUAGCGGCUCCCGCUUCGCAUACAUAUUGAACUCUUUUCUGUCUAAACGUGCACAUAAGCCCUUCCCCCGGCUCGCUUUUGUUGUUGUUGUUGUUGUUAUUGAACAUCGAGGUGACAGACAGGAGGGGGAGGCGGGGCCACAAUGGAAAGCAACUGGUUUGACCUGCUGGUUUAUUAUUACUCAAACAUUCUCACCGGCCAUCCGGGUUGCAGCUACGACACACA